AUGUCUACCAAAACAUCAAAUCAAAAGGAACCUAUAAAUGUUUCAUCUACAAGUAAACCUACUACCAAAAAUAUAGAUGAUGAUCAAAUUAAAAGUUUAACUCAUUUUGGAAAAGAAGGUAAUUUCUUUGUCUUUGAACGUUGUGGAAGUAAUAUUUGGACUUCAGAAACUUAUAAUAAAGGAACUGGUCCAUAUAAAAUAAUUCAAAAGGCUGAUGGAAAUAUUAUACUAUAUGAUGUAGGUGAUGAACAACCUAUUUGGAUUUCUGAAAGUCAUAAACAAGUUUCAUUAAUGAAUGGUCAUAUGGUAUUAGAAGAAUAUUAA